UUUUGAUACUAAAGCAAAGUUAGCACAGGGUACUUUGCGAUGCACGUGAAACAAACAUCAUUGGAGAUCAUUUCAGGAUUUUAUGGUGUUCCACGAUACUUUUCAACAUUAUGAAGGUGAUCCUGCUACUAGCAUGCGUGUGGAUGGUAGACGGCGGGACCCCAUUACUUCCAUUGCAUCCAGUUCCCUGUAAUGCAAGAAUUGCUGAGAAAACAGCGCGCUUGGCUAUUAGUUAUAUAAAUGAAGAUCGAACUGAGGGUUACAAACUCAGCUUAAACAGAAUCAAUAGAGUGUUUGGGAGCCACCAGGGGGCUGCAGGAAAAGUUUACUACCUGGAUCUGGAUGUGCUGGAAACCAAAUGUUACAUUAGAAGUGCUUUACCUUGGGAGGAUUGUGACAUCCGUCCUUUUGUGGAAACAAAGGUGUCUGGGACUUGCCGUGCUAUAGUACACAUCAAGCCUGAUGUCUCCGCUAUAACUUGUGGUUACAACUGCAGCUUAGCUCCAGAUGCUAAGGAGAAUAUCACCAGUAUCUGUCCGGAGUGCCUCACAUUUAUCACUCCAGACAGCCGGGAAUCAAUGAAGGCUGUGAAUCUGACUCUUAACAAAUUCAACAAAGAAAGCGAUGAGUCCCGCUACUUUGCUGCAGCAAAAGUCAUCAGAGCCCUAAGUUCGACUUUGACUCAGCCCGGCCAGGAUUAUCACGUAGAAUUCACCAUCGAAGAGACUGACUGCAUCAAAGGCCGUGACGGCAUUGGGAGAAGCUGCACAUUUAAGUCUCCUGAAACAGCUCGGACAGGUUUCUGCGUUGGUGAUGUCUAUAUAAAGGACGGCGCUGAUGUUGAGGCCUCUUGCGAACUCUAUGAUCCAAAGGGUCCAAAUGAUGCUCCCCAGGGUAAUGCCAGUGGUGGCUCUUUGGAUGCCACACCAGAUCCUACAUGUGCUCCUGGCAGCCCAGAGCAGACCACACAAACUCAGAAGCCAACUGGUGAUCACCGACUGAAUGUCAAGCCACAUCGUCGCCCAGUGUUUGGGCGAAGGGAAUCAUCCUCAGAAUCGGAGUCCUCCGAGGAGAGAAGAAUAACCUUUGUUCACACAAGAGUUUCCAGAAAACAUCCUCAGCACACCAGCCCUGCUCUCCAGCCUUCGCCGCAUUCAACAAGCAACUCCAAGGUACCAUCCGCAGCCUUUUUAGAGUCCUUUCCUGAGCUCCCGCCUCAUCAGCCAACCUGUCCAGGUAGAGCCAUUCACAUCACCUUAUAGGAAAUGGCAACACUAACAGAUGCCCCAGUACAAGUCUAAUUGAGCCCACCUUUAACAGUGUAUAAAUAAACUGUGCUGAUUUAUGUGUCUGUAUAUUUGAGUGCUGGCUUGACACUGGAGUCCUCUCCAUCUGCACACAGCAGGGACAGCUGUUCCCAGUGGCCCUAGCUCCAGGUAUAUCACAACUGCCAAACGUGUUGACAUGGGCCUUUUCCAUUCAUCUUGCAGCAUUUAUUAGACCCAUC